ACUCGGAGCACUUUUCUGUUACGAUGGGGUUGCACCAGGGAUCGACUCUUAGCCCGUUUCUAUUCGCUCUGGUGAUGGAUCAAUUGACUAGACAAAUACAAGGUGAGGUGCCUUGGUGUAUGUUGUUCGCGGAUGACAUAGUCCUGAUUGACGAGACUCACAACGGAGUUAACGACAAGCUGGAGGGCUGGAGACAGACGUUGGAGUCUAAAGGAUUUAAAUUGAGUAGGACCAAGACAGAAUACUUGGAGUGCAGUUUCAGUGGCCUGCCGCGUGAGGCUGACGGGGAAGUGAGGCUUGGUACCCAGGCCAUUCAAAAGAAAAGAAGCUUCAAAUACCUUGGGUCUAUUAUACAGGAAGAUGGGGAUAUCGACGACGAUGUUUCACACCGCAUCAAUGCAGGGUGGAUGAAAUGGAGGCUCGCCUCCGGAGUGCUGUGUGACAAGAAAGUGCCACCAAAACUCAAAGGCAAGUUCUACAAAGUGGUGGUUAGACCGACCCUAUUGUACGGGGUGGAGUGUUGGCCAAUCAAGAAACUUCAUGUCCAGAAGAUGAGAGUCGCGGAAAUGCGAAUGCUGCGGUGGAUGUGUGGGCACACUAGGAUGGAUAGAAUUAGGAAUGAAGAUAUCUGAGACAAGGUGGGAGUGGUAUCGGUGGAGGACAAGAUGCGGGAAGCGAGACUGAGAUGGUUUGGACAUGUGAAGAGGAGAGACACAGAUGCUCCAGUGCGGAGGUGCGAGAGGUUGGCUAUGGACGGUUUCAGGAGGGGCAAAGGGAGGCCGAAGAAAUAUUGGGAAGAGGUCAUUAGACAUGAUAUGACACAGUUGCAGCUCUCCGAGGACAUGACCUUAGAUAGGAGGCUAUGGAGGACUCGGACUAAGAUAGUGGGCUAGGUGGCCGAUCGGUUCUCCAUAGUUGUCGUAGUCGCGCUCAUCUGUCUUAACAUAUGAUUUUGCAUGGGAUUACUGCUUAUAUUAGUUGGCCAGUCUACUUUGGGUAUCCUAUUUUAUCUAUAGUAGUUAAUGCUCCUUUACCCCCGAUCUUUCCUACCCUGACUUUAUCGCUUUAUCGCUCUCAUUAUUCAUAUCUUUAUAUUGUCUGUUAUAUGCCUGGCUUUACUGACCUAUGUCUUGUUUUUCCUUGUUUCUCCUCCCUUGUUUCUUCUCUCUUAAGCCGAGGGUCUUUCGGAAACAGACGCCCUACCUUUUAAGGUGGGGGUUAGGUCUGCGUACACUCUACCCUCCCCAGACCCCACAUGGUGGGAUCACA